ACACGUUUCCGCCUCUUCCAUCCAAAACAAAACCCCAAUUCAUCUGAAUUGAGCAAUAUAUAAAUUAGAAUACGAUCUAAACGUUGUUGGGUUUUUUUGUACAGAGUUGACACUAACUGAGGAUGAGCUGGUGGUCCUUAAACGGCUCAUCGUCAGUAUGGCCGCUCGGACGCUGCAGGAGCUCGUAGCCGCCGCUGCCUCUUUGCACUCGGACAGAGCAGCUGUGAAGUAUGACGGGUCCAUGCUGCUGUACAGAGACCUGGUCCGACUGUCCGGUGAGCUGGCUCGUGUUCUGCGAAACAACUGCGCUCCUAAUAGCGGAGUGAUCGGGCUGUACUGUUCUGAUGAUUUGUUCAUACCUGUCUGGAUUCUGGGCAUCCUGCAGUCACCGGCUGCCUACGUCCCGCUGGACCCAGAAGCUCCUGGACUCCUCACCGCCAGAGUCAUGAACCAGUGUGGCCUCAAGUACUGCGCUGUGAAGACCGACGUCCUGCAGCGGUUCCAGGCAGCUCUCGUCGAACACGCGUCCGUGGAGGUUUGUGCGACGCUGCCAAAGUUCAAACUGACUCUGGUACGACUGGAGCUGCUGCCGGUCGCUGAGCACCAACGAGGACCGGAACAAACCGGAGCCCAGACAGCAGGGGGUGCUGGUCUCCGCCGUGAUCCGGCUGCAGGGUCAAAGGAGGCCGGGCUCAGAGACCUGGCGUAUGUGCUGCACACAUCUGGAACAACUGGGCUCCCGAAGAUCGUGAGGGUGCCGCACAAGUGUAUUCUCCCCAAUAUCCUGCACCUGAGGUCUUUGUUUCAGAUGAGUGCAGACGAUGUGGUUCUCCUGGCCUCGCCCUUAACCUUUGACCCCUCUGUGGUGGAUAUGUUCCUGGCCUUGUCGUCCGGCGCUCAGCUCCUCGUCAUCCCGACCGUGAUCAAGAAAACGCCCGGCCGACUGUCUCGACUGCUGUUCAGGGACAACAAGACGACCGUCCUGCAGGCGAGCGGGACCUCGUUUCCUUUCUGUCAUUUGGAGAAAAGAAAAAGAAACAACAACCACCACAUUGCGCCCUCAUCACUGUUUUCCUGUUUGUUUCACGUUUCAGGUAAAGUGGACAUGGAGGCUCUGAUGAAGACGUACCAAACACAGAGACGCUCUUUAGAGUCUUCACGGUUAGAUUUCACCAAACUAAAGCGAACCCUGCGGUCCUUGUGGCAGGAAACUCUUGCUCUUCCUGAGGAUGCGGCCGUCGACGAGGCAUCAAACUUCCUGUUGAGUGGAGGAGACUCUCUGAAGGCGCUGCGCCUGCACGAAGACAUCCUCGCUGCCGUAGGGGCGACCUCGCCGGAGCUUUUAGAGGCCAUACUCGACGGGACCUUCUCUGAUGUUCUGCGCCACGUCGAGAGAGCUGCACUGAUGCCGCCACCUGAGAGCAGCCCGCCACCUGAGAGCAGCCCACCACCGACGACCGUGAAACGCCACGCUGACGAACCCUCCGCCGUGCUCCCGAAGAGAGAACGCACAUCCGCAGGGAGGCCGAGGGGGGAGACGCCGGCUUUUAAAGUCCUAAGACGAGCAGGUGAGGUGAUAGAAAUCGGAAAUCCACAUUCAGACUUCCAGGCCGACGCGCUCGGAGAGAAAGAUUCCGGUGAGGAACGCAGAGGUGGAGUUCUGGGCCUCGAUCUGAGCUGGUCCUCAGACACGGGCAGAUGUGUGGACGCCUCCCCGAUGCUUCUCGUGCAACACGGAACCGAUCCGAAGUCAGACGGCGGUAAAACAACGGUGUUCAUCGGCUCCCACUCUCACAGGAUCCAGGCUUUAGACCUGACCGACGGGAGCCUCGUGUGGGAGCGAGUUCUCGGGGACAGAAUCGAAGCUUCGGCCGCCGUGUCUCGCUGCGGGAGCCUCGUGGUUACAGGUUGCUACGACGGCUGUGUGUAUUUCCUGUGCGCUGCGUCUGGAACGACGCGGUGGACUUUUGAGACGGGAGAUGCUGUGAAGAGCUGUCCCGCUGUGGACCCCCUCACGGGUCUGGUGAUAGUGGGCUCACACGAUGGGCAUGUCUACGCCCUGGACCCAAAGGUGGAGCAGUGUGUUUGGAGGCGUCACUGUGGGGGCGGAGCUGUGUUUUCCUCGCCAUGCCUCCACCCGUCACUCAGACAGCUGUACGCCGCUUCACUGGGAGGUCAUUUACUCUGUCUGAACCCUGAGAGCGGAGAGGUCCUGUGGUCGUACCGUCAGGACGUCCCGUUCUUCUCCUCGCCAAACGCCUCCUCCGGUCUCGUGGCGAUCGGAUCGGUGGAUGGAAACAUCUGCUGCUUCAGCAGCACAGGGACACUGGUUUGGCAGUUUUUAACAAAAGGCCCGGUCUUCUCCUCCCCGUGUGUGACACCAGACCAGCAGAGGGUUCUGUGUGGGUCACAUGACGGCCGCCUGUACUGUUUGAGCCGCGUCGACGGCUCUCUGGUUUGGACCUUCCAGACCACGGGGAAGGUGUACUCCAGUCCGUGCGUGUUCGACGGCUCCGUCGUGGGCAGGAGGGGGACUCUGGUGGCUCUGGCCUCCACAGACGGCACAGUGUGGAUCCUUGACGGACACGACGGACGGACGCUGGCCUCGUUCCGUCUCCCAGGGGAGCUGUUCUCGUCCCCGGUGGUGCAUGAACGCUCCCUCGUAGUCGGGUGCCGCAACGACUACGUGUAUUGUUUAAAUCUGACCGUCAAAGAAGAAACAUAAGACGUAUUUCUGCACAGUUUUUUUAAAUAAUAAACACUUAUAUCCGUGUGCUUUGGGAAAUGAAUGAGUCCUUCAGUUCAGACAUCAGUAUUUAAUUUACAUUAUUCAUAACAUUUUCUGUCCCUUUUAAGAAUUGGGACAAAAAAAAAAAAAAAAGUGUAAAUAAUACCAAACAUUUUUCUCGUUACACAUAACACUGCGUACACGACACUAUUGUGCACGAGCAACGUUAGAAAAACAAAAAUGACAAAGUGACUCUUUGUGAAGCUCCGGUGACGCCUUCUGACUUCAGACAUACAUACAGAUCAUUAAGUGAGUGGAAGGGAAGGAGAAUGCUGGAGGUUUUUAUUUCCUCUUCUUCUGUCACAGAGCAAAUGCUUACGUAAGAUCAUAUCACGUUUACGAGGAAGUGAUGGCCUACAAAGGAGUGUGUUACGGGGAGGACGAGCUAUGAGAGUUGUAUGUUACAGCAGGCGAGGGAAGAACGUCGUCGCACGGCUGUGAGGACGCGACGGUGUGCAGUUCACUGUGAAUGCCCCGUAAAACACGUAGUCUUCAGUGCUGUGUUCACGUGCACCCACCGGGGUGGUUCAUGACAGAACUUUUCAGGUGACUUUAAAAAUGACGAAAAAUUGUACAAUAGCCUGUUUGACAGCUAUCACAGUCGUCACGGACACAGUGAGGAUUGUUACGCUUGAGUUUAGAGAAUGAGUAAGAAAGAACAUGACGAGGCUCAGAGGAGAGAUACAGUAUCGGUUCAUCCAUGGACGGAUCAUGAGACGACGGGGCCCUGGACACAGACAUGUAAAAGACCCCCUCAUAUCUACAGGAGCAAGACACAGACUUUAUAUCUGUUAACUCUUUUUGCCCGUGGAUGUUAUUCCCUUUUUUUGUAGUCGAUUUGAGUCUCUUUGUUGUUGUGUCUCUUUGUAGCUGUUUUGCAUCUCUCGGUGUU